AUCACAUUCCCUUAUAAGUGGAAGUGAAGUCUCUUUGUAAUGUGCUCUUUAAGGUUGUCUCUAUCUCACUUUGCUCCCUUACUGCGCACGAAACUGGUUUCCAUUGCUUCUUCUGGGCCACCUUUACCGCCCGGCAUACUCAUUGAUGAAGAGAUCUCGCCAUUCUACAAUCCCAACCACUUCUAUCCAGCCAAGCCAGGAGAGACACUCAAUGAUGGCUAUCAAACGUUAGUCAAAUUUGGCUAGGGCGUUUCUUUAACAGUAUGGCUCGCUCAUGAUCUGCAAAGUGAUGUCGAAGAACCGGAGACUGUGGUGGCAUUGAAGAUUGCCAAUAACAAUGCGCGCUAUGCUGGCCAUGAGCACGAGGUUGAAGAGCACAUUUCCACCGCAGACCCCUCGCAUCGCGGUUGCUCACUAAUCCGCACAAUUGCUAAACUCCUUCGAAGUCCAAGGCCCGGAAGGGUCUCACUCCUGUCUUGUGUAUCCGCCUCUGAGGGAGCCUCUAUCCAUGUAUCAGCAGCGCUUCGCUGACGGGAGGACGCCACUGCCCCUUAUCAAAACUUACAUCCGUACCCUGCUCACGGGACUUGAUUAUCAUCACCAAGACUGUAGGGUAGUCUAUACAGGUAGGUUA